AUGACGGUCUUCCCACCACGUCCAGCCACCCCAACCCUAGCGCAGCAAAUCAACCACCUCGAGGCCUGCCUCUCACUACAAACCGCGGGAGUCGAACAACAUGCCAAACGACCCUUCGCCGCUCUUCUCGUCAGCCCCACGAAUGAGAUCCUUUUGACCCACCUCAGUAUCUCUCACAUCGAGCAUGCCGAAUCCAGUCUAGCUCUCCUAGCUUCAAAGCACUACUCUUCAGCCUACCUCUGGACAUGCACACUAUACACUACAUGGGAGCCUUGUGCCAUGUGUACUGGUACAAUUUAUUGGGCUAAUAUCGGAAGCGUGGUCUAUGCGGCUGAGGAAAAGGUGCUGAAGGAAAUCACUGGGGAAGGCAAUGAGGAGAAUUUCACCAUGAGUUUGGGGUGUAGAGAAGUGUUUAAACACGGGCAAAAGGACGUCAAAGUCUUUGGUCCUGUGAUGGGGAUGAGAGAGAAGGUCGUGAAGGAGAGUGAUAGAUUUUGGAAGCCUAUCAGAGAGGGGCUGGGACAGAAGACUCUGUACAUCAAGUUACUGGAAACGUUCGUGGGUACCUAUUGCUGUGCUUCCCGAAAACAUGGCGCCUCGAUACAGCGAAAGAGGAACAGCUUCAGCAUCUCGGUCCGAGACACGACUUUGGCUGUGGCUCACAACGCGACUCGUAUUCCUCUCAGCACAGCAGGUCUACACAACUCAGUCAAAGUCUGUGCUCCUCGAACGUCACUGGGAACCGACCACUCUUCCAGAGGCAAUCUCAUCUGCAAACAGCGUAUGGCAAAUAAUAUCUGGACAAGAGUCGGUGCCUGCCGAAAAUCUUUGCUUUCGUCUCCGGUUGUCUCAAAGCUCUUCUUCUCGUCACAUCCCAUCCUCACUUGGUCCUCCGACCCAGUCAAGAAGAAGCUCGAGGUUGAGAAGUACAAGGAGUACCGUCGACAAAGGCGCCAGACCGACCCCGAAUAUGCAACAAGACUACGGCAGAUCGACCUGAAGUAUCGACAGCAGCAUCAACAGAUGCUUAGAGAUCGUUGGGUUGACUUCUAUCAUGCCGAUAAUGGCUUUCGGGCGGCAUGUAGACUUGAUGCUCUCGUAAGAAAGAACCAGUGGGUGCGCGAAUGUUUACCAUGGAAACCCUACAGACCUGUUCUCUAUAAAGAAAAGGUCAAACAUACUUGCAGCACAUGUCUGAUCACCAGACUUAAUGGCUUCAAACUCUGGUGGAAAGAACUGGAAUCCGAGCGAUAUCAGUGCCACAGGUGUUACUGUAAGAGAUCGGAGCAUAUGCCCGAAGGAUACGAAGGUAUCAUGGAUUUGAAAGGGUUGAGAAUGCGGAAAGAGGAGCUAGGGCAUUAG